AUGAUGCCCCUCUCACCCGUGGCUGGGACUCUGAUCCCAGCCAUGGCGUUUCUCUUCUGCCUGAGAUCUGAAAGCUGGGAUCCUUGUAUGCAGGUGGUUCCUAAUAUCACUUAUGAUUGCAUGAAGAGGGAUCUCUACAGAAUUCCUGAGAACAUCCCAAGAUCAACCAAGAAAUUGGACCUGAGCUUUAAUUCCAUAAAGCGUUUAAGUAGUCAUAGUUUCUCCAACUUCCCAGAGUUACAGGUGCUAGAUUUAUCCAGUUGUGAAAUUCACAUAAUUGAAGAUGAUGCUUAUGAAGGCCUACACCAUCUCUCUGCAUUGAUACUGACAGGAAAUCCCAUCCAGAAUUUAGCUCCUGGAGCCUUUUCUGGACUAUCAAACUUACAGAAGCUGGUGGCUGUGGAGAUCAAACUAGAAUAUCUAGAGGACUUUCCCAUCAGACAUCUCAGAACCUUGAAAGAGCUGAAUGUGGCUCAUAAUUUCAUCCAGUCCUUCAAAUUACCAGAUUAUUUUUCUAAUCUUCCCAACCUGGAGAACUUGGACCUAUCCAAUAACAGGAUCCAAAAUAUUUAUCAGAAAGACUUAAAAGUUCUACAUCAAACACCCCUACCCAAACUCUCUUUAGAUGUGUCCAGGAACAUUUUAGACUUUAUACAACCAGGUGCCUUUAAAGAAAUUAGACUCCAUGAAUUGAUUUUCAGAAGUAAUUUUAGAAGUAACAGUAUCAUGAAAUCCUGUAUUCAAGGCCUGGCUGGCUUACAAGUUGAUAGCUUGGUUUUGGGAGAAUUUAGAAAUGAAAGGAUGUUGGAUGAUUUUGAUAUAUCUAUAUUGGAGGGGUUGCAUAAUUUGACCUUUAGGGAAGUUCGAAUUGCAUACUUAAGAGGUGGUCCAGAAGAUAUUGCUAAAAUAUUCAAUUAUUUGGAAAAUGCUUCUGCUAUAUCUCUAGUGAGUCUAUAUCUCGUUGAAUUCAAAAAACUUCCUAAAGAUUUCAGGUGGCAACAAUUAAAAUUCAUUCAUUGUAAAUUUGAAGAAUUUCCUGAAUUAAGGCUCACAUCUCUCAAAAAGUUAGUUUUUAAUUUCAAUAGUGGUAAGUUUAUGUUUCGUAAUGUUGAACUCCCAAGCCUCGAAUAUCUUGACCUCAGCAAAAAUGGCAUCAACUUUGGGCAUUGCUGUUCUCAGGAGCAGUUUGGGACAAGCAGACUAAAGUAUUUAGACCUGAGCUUCAAUGGCCUUAUUACCAUGAGCUCAAACUUUAUGGGAUUAGAGCAGCUAGAAUAUCUUGACUUUCAGCAUUCUAAUUUGAAGCAGACUAAUGAUUUCCCAAUAUUUUUAUUACUCAAAAACCUCAUUUACCUUGACAUUUCCUAUUCUCAAAUCCAAGUUGCUUUCCAUGGCCUCUUUAAUGGUUUGGCCAGUCUCCAAGUGUUAAAAAUGGCUGGCAAUUCUUUUCUAAAUAACAUCCUUCCAAAUAUUUUUAUGGAACUGGCUAAUUUAACUUUGCUGGAUAUUUCUAACUGUCAACUGGAACAAGUAUCUCCAGGGGCAUUUGAUUCAGUCCCUAGACUCCAGUUGCUAAAUCUGAGUGGGAACAACCUCUUAUUUCUUGACACACUUCCUUAUAAACCUCUCAGUGCCCUCCAGGUUCUAGACUACAGUUUUAAUCGGAUAGUGGCCUCCAAACAACAAGAACUGAAGCCCUUUCCAAGUAAUCUCACUUUCUUAAAUCUCACUCAGAAUGACUUUGCUUGUGGCUGCGAACAUCAGACUUUCCUGGAGUGGCUCAAGGAUCAGAGGAAAGUCUUGGUAAAUGCUGAUCAGAUACUGUGCACAUCUCCUUUCGACAUGCAGGGCAUGCCCGUGCUAAAUCAGAAAUGCAACCUGUCACAGACCCAUGCUCUCAUCAUUGUGUUGGUUGUCACUGGACUUGUAAUAGUUGUGGUCUCGGUUCUUAUCUAUAAGUUCUAUUUCCACCUGAUGCUCCUUGCUGGCUGCAAAACCUAUAACAGAGGCGAAAGUGUUUAUGAUGCCUUUGUUAUCUAUUCGAGCCAGGAUGAGGACUGGGUAAGGAAUGAAUUGGUGAAAAACUUGGAGGAGGGAGUACCUCCCUUUCAGCUCUGCCUUCACUACAGAGACUUUAUACCUGGUGUGGCCAUUGCUGUCAACAUCAUUCAGGAAGGUUUCCAUAAAAGCAGGAAGGUUAUCGUUGUGGUGUCUAAACACUUCAUCCAGAGCCGAUGGUGUAUCUUCGAGUAUGAGAUUGCUCAGACUUGGCAAUUUCUAAGCAGCCAUGCUGGCAUUAUCUUUAUUGUCCUGCAGAAAAUAGAGAAGUCUCUGCUCAAGCAACAGGUCGAGCUGUACCGACUUCUUAGCAGAAACACAUACCUGGAGUGGGAGGACAAUGUGAUAAGUCGGCACAUUUUCUGGAGACGGCUCCGGAAAGCUCUCCUGAAUGGUAAAACCUGGGUUGGAGAUGGAACAGAGUGUGCAGAAGAUAGCCAGCAUGACGAAAAAGCCCCCCUCUAAGUAGAAAAAGCU